AUGGCGCAUCUACCUCCGACACAGUCCGUAUGGGCGCUUAACGAGACCGCUGGCGGACUGAUCGCAUUCAGUAAAGGACUACUUCAGGCUGCUACAAGUGACAACGUCAGCCCUAUUGCUCUGUCUGCGUGUCAGUCCUUUGGCGCCCUCCUUCCAAUUUGCCCCGAAACGCGCUUGAAAAUUGGGCAGCUUGCUCGACGCAGCCACACAUCGCACGUGCUCAAGUUCGUAUCUGCUCAGAUUGGCUACCUGAAAGGGGACUCGGUCGAGAUAUUGUCCGAGUCUGAUGGCGGUCUUCGCUUUCUGAGCCUGGUCGCAACAUUCUGCACUAUGACCCGCUAUGAAGCUGCAAUACGCAUUGAUUCGCUGCUAGAAGCCACCCAAAGUCGAGAUCAGCUUCGUCCCACGAUCGUUCAAGUGCAAAGUAUGAUGAGAAUACUUGAAAGCAAGCUUGCUCUUUCUGACUUCGCGGCAAGUGUGGCUGGCUGGGAGAUCUGGUUCACAAGUCAGUUGUUGCGGCCUGCGGAUGAUCUUUUCCGGCCUCAGAUAGCAGUGAUUCCAUCGAAAGGAAAGUUGCAGGAUUUGAUUUUACUCCUUAACGAGACAAGCCGACUUGGUGAAGAGCAGGGUGCACACAUCAGAUCCCGGCCAGAAUAUGUGCCAUGGUUAGUCGCUUUCAUCAAAUGGUUGGUUGGCGAACCUCCAUUUAUCCAGCUUGUAACCGGGCGGGUAUUGAAUCACCAAGACAAGCCUCGUAUUCUUUUGACUGUCCUUGAAAGCUCUCAGGAUGACCACCGUGCUGAGCAAAUGCGCAAUUCUGUUAGAAAAAGUCAAACAACGGAUCUCCAGGUUUCAGCCUCGCACAUGAAUGAAACGUUGAGAAACCUCGUGAUAGAAGAGAAGAUGCCCAAAUCGAAGAUGCCCUGGAAUGGUCUAAUGACUGUACGUCAAUGGACAAUCUUACAGGUCAGACGCCUUUUCAAUGAAUAUCCAGCCCUGCAGAGCAAUCGAGAGCUUCAUGGGGUGCUGGAAAACACCAUCUCCCUUAUGGUUGGAGUUUUGCCAGAUCGGCUGAGCUUUGAAGGACACGAACAAAGGACGCAAUUCGACUACUCCCGGUACACACAGAGAACUGAUAAAGUCUCCCCCAUGGACUCACUAUUGCGUUGUACCGCGUUUCCUGAGGCUGGGGAGAGAAUUGCAUUGGUUCAAGAGCUUCUAGGAACUCACAUUACAGUCGUCCCGAUAGGCAGUGUCAAUGAUGACCUUCAUUGCCUCAAAAGUCUAUCGAGCAUAGUAGAGAAGGAACCAUCAUUUAGAACAGGGCCAAAACGAGUGCACAGCGAUAAGAAGGCACACUUCGUAUCUUUGAUCGUUCAUCUUGGUGCAGAACUAACAUUUUUUUCGUUGUUUGGUUCAAACAUAGAUGCUUUCCCUCUUGUUUGCGCGAGCCUAAGACCAAGUAGCCUAUGGAAAUCUACCGUGGAGAAAAAUUGGCGGCGGAUUCUGUAUCAUCCAGGCUACAUCCUGUGCGACAGGUACAUGAUAAUGCAACAUGCAACUCAACUUCUGGGGCACAAGUUGGUAACUCCAGACACAAUCAUGUCCUCGAACCGUGGUCAGGUUAUCUACCCGGCAUUCUUCGAGUCCACCAAUUUUAUGACAAAAGGCUAUCUCCAGCUUUGUGUUUUUCCGGGGUUCCUGAAUAUGAACGGAAUGAGAUUCGACCGUAUGAUAGAUGAAUGGCAUGGUACUUAUCGCCUUUCUUCUGAUGAGCUCGCAAUUCCAGAUGCAGCGAAGCACCAGUCCAGGGUUCCAGCAACUUUUGUCCCGCCACGUCCAACGGAUAGCCUUCAGACACCCAUGCGUUGGAGGACCUCCGUUUAUGACGAUGUGUUGCAAGGGACGCUUGUGCUUGAUGACAGACAGAAUGGCUAUUUUGGCGGCUGGAAUUUAGUGCAGAUAAUCGACCAUGUCCUGUUUACUCCUCCCUGCCAGCACAAGCCCGAUAGUCCUGCUGGAGAUCUGGCUGAAAACUUCUAUCUCGCCAGGGGUUCACCACAUGAACUAUGCACACCAUGUUUGUUAGAAUCAGAUAGGCGAGAUUACGGAACACAGCUAUACAAGCUGGCUCAAGCGUGCUCUACUUACGAUGUCGGUGACGGGGAGGCCACCAAGGGCGAAGGCGGUGCCGUGGUUGAAGAUGGAGCCCGCAGGAAACGUGAUCGGCUGCUCUGA